AUGAGCAGCACAUUCUGUCUAGCCACCAUUCCACGAGAAGAAGGCAGGCCACCCGUAACCAUAAGGCUAUGGAAAGGCGACAUAACCACCCUUGCGCCUGGUACAACAGCCGUUACCAACGCAGCGAAUUCCCAAAUGCUCGGUUGCUUCCAGCCUACGCAUAGAUGCAUUGAUAACGUGAUACACUCCUGGGCCGGCCCUCGCUUACGACAGGAAUGCUUCGAUAUUGCUUCAGCGAAACAAGAUUAUCAGGACGCCUUGCCCGUGGGUGACGCUGUCACCACAAAAGCUUAUUGCUUGCCUUGCGACUAUGUCAUACACACUGUCGGGCCACAGCUUGAGCGGGGCUCGUAUCCGAGCGAUGUUGAGAGACGACAGCUUAGUCAAUGCUACUACUCAGUCCUCGAUGAGGCGGACAGGUUACCCGAAUCAUCGGAAGGUAAAAGCGUGGCUCUUUGUGGUAUCUCGACAGGCCUAUUCGCUUUUCCGUCUAGGCUUGCGGCUAGUAUUGCGGUAGGAACAGUUGCAGCCUGGUUCGCCCACCAUCCGGAGGCAACCGUCUCGGACGUCCUUUUCGUGACCUACACUGAGGAUGACCACGAAAUAUACAAAACCCUUCUUGACCAACCCCGACCUCCCUGGAUUGUGAACACUGGCGAGCCUGCAAGAGCAUUCUCACUCACGAGUUCGACAAUAGAAACGGCUCGCUCCUGGCUCGCUGAAGCCGAGAUCAUCAUCGUCAGUGCAGGUGCCGGCCUUUCUGCCGCAGAUGGACUCGAUUACACUUCCCGCACAUUGUUUCAGAAACACUUUCCCGCGUUCCUCCAGUACGGUCUCGAACGCUUGUAUGACGUGUUUGGUUUCGUGGAUUGGCCCUCAGACCGUGUCAAAUGGGGCUAUUACUUCACACAUCUCGAGAUGAUACGGAAUUGGCAACGGUCCAAGCUGUACGGGCAGCUCCUCGGAUGGCUGGACCCGUUUGGCGACAAUGUCCAUGUCAGGACAUCGAAUGCAGACGGACUCUUCGUUGCAAAUGGCUGGGACGAGGCGAAGUUGUCUACACCACAAGGGCAAUAUUACUACUUCCAAUGCGUGGCUAAGUGCACGCCAGAAUCGUACUGGGCGUCAACACCAUAUCUCGACAAGGCGCUGCCACUAAUAGAUCCAGUCACACAGUCCUUGAAAGAUGAUUCUGCCGUGCCGAGGUGCGAGAACUGCGGCGGGGAUCUGUUCAUUUGCGUCAGAGCAGCGGACUGGUUUAAUCAAAACCCCUACCAAGCUGGAGAGACGUGCUGGAAGAAGUUCAAAAGACGUGUCUUGAGCGGUGACGGGGGAAAGACAGUCAUUCUUGAACUAGGUGUCGGCAUGAAUACGCCGGGGAUUUUGAAAUGGCCCAAUGAGGAUCUUGUCCGUCAAGGCAAUGGAAAGGUGAAGCUCGUCCGAUUAGCAGUGGGAAGCCAUGCUGAGGUACCAUGGGAUCUCGAAGAAGCGGAGUUGGCAACCAGCAUUGACGGCAACAUCAGCGUUACGCUUCCUUCAAUCCUCCUAGCUGGCCGUUCCUGA